UAAGCUUUGCCAAACUAUGUUCGUUUACAAUUUCAUAUCCACACAGCUUCUUCAAGGUUUGCUUGAAGAAUUCCACUCUAGAAGGUUGCUGCUGAUGCAUGCCCCAUCUUUUCCGACACCGACUACCGCAAACCCGGGAAACAGAGACAACUCUUCGGAUGCUUCCACCAGAAUCAACGGCUUCGAUGCAAGCAUCGUUCUGGUUUUGUCGGUCCUCGUAUGCGCUCUAAUUUUAUGUUUAGGACUCAAUUCCAUCAUUAGGUGUGCGUUAAGUUGCUCAAGUUUAGUAGCCUCGGACACUCCAGCCCAAUCGGCAAAUAGCGGGAUCAAGCGAAAAGCCUUCAAGUCUUUUCCAACGGUAAAUUACUCAGCUGACUUGAACCUGCCUGGCUUGGACUCGGAGUGUGUCAUAUGCCUAUCGGAUUUCAAACACGGAGACCGUGUGCUGAUUCUUCCAAUUUGCAACCACCGAUUCCAUGUCGGGUGCAUCGAUAAGUGGCUGAGUUCGCACUCGUCUUGCCCCAAGUGCAGGCACUGCCUUGACGAAACUUGCGGGAAGAUUGUCGACCGUAGCCACCGGGCUAGCUCGUUGCGACUUCCUCCGGCGCAGGAAACUGUUGUGACCAUAGCACCGGUUGAAUCUGAAGGUUUGAUACAUGACUAUAGGUGA